UCCCAGAGGUUCUGUCCGUCGUGUGUGAAUGCACUGAAACCAGGAUGAGAGCGGCGCCGGCGGUUCUGCUGUGGCUCUCCACGCUCUCAGGUGCUCUGGCUCAGUUGGACGUGUGCGGCACGGCGCCGCUCGGGAAAUCUCACGCCAGGAUCAUAGGCGGCGAGGACGCUCCUGCGGGGGCGUGGCCCUGGCAGGCCAGCGUGCACAUCAACACCACCCUCUGUGGGGGCUCUCUGAUCAGCCGGCGGUGGGUCCUGACCGCAGCGCGGUGUGUGUCCAGUGACGCCGAAGUGACCAUUUUCCUCGGGCGAGACACCCAGAUGGGUCAGAACCCUCAUGAGGUGAAGCGCUCGGUGGCAAAGGUCAUCGAACACCCCGACUUCGACCCGGGAACGCACAAGAACGACCUGGCGCUGCUGAUGCUGUCCUCCCCGGUCAACUUCACCGACUACAUCAGACCCGUGUGUCUGGCGGCCUACAGGAGCUUCUUUGUAGACGGGCUGAGCUGCUGGGUCACCGGGUGGGGGGCGCCCCAGACCCACGGUGAGGAGAACCGACCCGGUCUGCUUUGGAAACAUCCGCAGCUGAAUGACAGUCCU